UAGCACCUUUUUGAGGAGGAUAGACAAACGGGUGUUUUCUGUUUUGAAGACUGAAAGUCCCUCUAAAAUGAAAUCAUCACCAGCGGUUACCCCUCGCACCAGCAUACGUUUCGUGGCUGUGUGUGUGAUGUUCUGUGCUAUUCUGGUUAACAUUUUUGCACUUGACGAAAAACUAGCGCGCAAACCGCGAGAAGAAGAUCGCGUAUCUACUGAAGGCACUGAAGUUGGUGGAAAACAAUCGCAGUUGUACCGUGAUCGAAGAACUGUGAAAAAUAACGCGACCUCCAACCUGUUGGACUUUGCAAACCGGCUGAAAGAUCUUGAAGAAAGGUAUGAUCUUAACUCGGCGAUUCGCUAUCUCAUUUUGAGUGCCACGUUUUCUAUUACAUGGCAAUGUUCAAUGUCGGCUACGUGACACUAUUGUAAACUCAAACUACUAAGAAAAUGGUGGAUUUACUGACAUAAUUUCCCUUUUUCUUACUAAGCCAUAACAAGACCGUACGUAUGAUGACCAGACAAUUUCAAGAGUUGGAGAAAAGGUUUGAGAAAUCAAAAUUUAAUGCAUCAUUCUUAAUUGCUAUUUAUGAAAACUAACAAUUAACUACUUCUGAAUUUGUUACUAGCUAUUAAGUGUUGUAUAGCAAACCAGUUUGACUUCUUGUCUGGCGAAGUAAUGUUACUUUGGUAUGGCAACGAGACAGAUCACCUAUUUCCAAAAAAAAUAAUGGCGACUCUUAGGGUAGAAAACUCGGGGGAAAUACCGAGAAAGUCCCUGUUAUCCAGGCCGGUCACGUAUUUUGGACGGCACUGGUUGAUGUGCAGUGGAAGACUUGUGUGGGAAAAGUUUUAUCCAAAAUCCGGUUAACAUCGUUCAGUGUGGUGACCAGAGUAUAGUUGAUUGUCUUUUAUCUUUUGGAUAUAAAUUGACUUGAUUACAGACUUAAUUCACAUCAUCGACGCAAUUAUUUCCUAGAGCAAAAUAAGCGUAAUAAACAGCUGUAAACAGCAAUGAAAGAAAACAUCACUUAACGCAGGGGCACCCCCCCAACGGCUGUUUAAACUGUAAAAUAUCAGCUGUUCGAAGAAGCAAAUAUUGCCUCAAAUUUUUAAUUUCAUGAGAAUAACGGCCUAAAAUUUCUAGAUAACCAUUCCACCUGCGUACAAUUUUCGAAGUUUAUCUAAUAAAUUCCCUACGAUUUUCUGAGGUUUAACUUUUCACAUUUCACUCCUCAGGUUAGGCUAUUUUUCGUAAAAAAGAAACCUUAAAUUUUGGAUUCAAAAAUGUGAUGGAGAGCCUGAGAGGAAUCAGAAAAAUUCUCAGUUUCGUACUAAUAUGUUUAAUUGCAUCUAUCGAUUUUCAGGAAAAUAAUACUGAGGCCCUUGUAUUUUCGGAAACUCUUAAGUUGCCCUAGGAUGACCGAACAGAUACAUAUUUUAUCGCCGCUUAAAAUGCAUGUACUCAGGAUAGCCUAAAAAGUGUUUUCAAUGCAUUUAGGAGGAAGCCGUCGUUAGGUGCCCCUGUUUCAAAUGUGCCCCAAAUUUCUUAAAAGCUAAAAUCAAUCCGAAUUUAGCCUGAAUUGGUAGCUGAACUUGAGCUUUAAGGCUAUUUUCAUACCAAAUACCGGGAAGCUUGUCGUGUCGACACGAAAAGCUGUUUAGUUCACACGCAUUGAAGACGUUGCACCAGAGGGUUUGGUGGACAAAAUCCCAGUUCUCCGUCUCAGUAGAUUCCAGUCCUCGCUCCUACUUUUUCACCUUCGCACAAAGUGUGGCACACGACCUAUUCGAUAUGCUAAGAGAUCGGCACAGCUCAGCCUCGUUCCGUUGCACAAACAGGCCCUUUGCAGCAAGCCAUUCACGUGAUACAAAACCGCCAUGCUGGAGAGCAAAAGUCGCACUGAGACAAGACAAAUAAAAGGCAUACAUAAUUUUGGUAAAUGGUAAUUUCCCUUGUUUGUCUUGUUCCAGUUCUCCAGCAUGGCGGUUUUGUACCACGUGAAUGGCUAGCUACAAAGAGCCUUUUGCGCCGAAAGCACUGUUCUUGUGUGAGAACAGAAGCCCUAUCCAGUAUAGCUUUCGUGCCGGCACAAGAGGUAUCCGGUACAGUGUGAACUAGGCUUAAGUCACGGCGAAAGUCCUUGUUUAAUACACUGUCUCUGAGAUCUUUUAUGGUUGAUCUUUUUUUCAGACUUGACGGCUUACUGCGAUUAUCGCCUCGACCAGCAGGGGAAUCCUACGUGUCACUUUUGAGCUACCUUCUUGGUAAAAUAUGAUGUUCAAUCCAAUCCAAAAUUUCGUGAAGGCAACUAGCGGAUUUUAUCUGCAUAGGCAAAAUGAUAUCAGGUUCUUAGUCCCAAAACAUUAAGAGAUUUAUUAAGAGAUUUUUGAGCAUUAAAUUUGAUUGUUAUAGAAUAUGUAAUCUAAUAUGUGACUAAAAAUCCGUAUUUUAGUUAACCCAUUUGUCUGGUAAGUAUGCUGUGAUUUAUGGGUGAUAUCACCGGUUUGUAUCUAUUUCAGGUCAGCAAAUGCAAAACCCUGGGAAGGGACGAGUUGGACCACCUGGCCCUCCAGGGAAACAAGGGCCAGCUGGACCAAAAGGAUCAAAAGGUAUACUCGGAAGGGAAAACAACAAAGAUCGAUAUGAAGGGAAAAACGAAAAUUGUAAAACGCCAACUGUAAACGCAGUUGAGGAAGAAAAUGAAACUCGUUUUGUAAUUUCGUUUGUAUGUUCCAGUAAUUAAUUAGAAGUUAGCCGGCAGUAAAGAAGAAGUGCGGUUAUCGAUGUUAAAUUAGCAUCUCAGUUAUUUUCUGACAAAGUAUUCCUUUUGCGGUUCUUGCAGUUUAUGAUCAUGCAGUGUAUCAAUUGCAAGCAGGCCAAUUUUCAACCGCUUCACGCUUGAAAGCAAAUGUGGCUUGUAAGAGCCCCAGAGGAAAAAAAAAAAACUUUUAUGGAUUCCACUUUUAAACACUAAAAUAAGUGAAAAUGUUGGGAUCGAGCGCUUAGAGCCAUUUUAUACUUUGUAGGGGGACAAGGAAAACCAGGUACCAACAAGCCAUCCCCAGGCCCUCCUGGUCCUAAAGGAGACCAGGGAGCAGUUGGGAAGACUGGAGCCCAGGGACCACAGGGUGAAAAAGGAGAAAAGGGACAGGAUGGAGCUGGAAAUUCAGGGGUGCAGUACGUUCGCUGGGGAAGGACCACAUGUCCUACUGGUGCGCAGAUAGUUUAUAAAGGUAAGCGAAGAUAUCUUACAUAAUAGUUACUAUUGCUGCCAUGAUUCUAAAGACAAAAAGAGUGAUAAACUGAAGAUUUGUAUGCCACAUAAACCUACUAAUCAUUAUUUAAAUGUGACAACAAUGAAACUUCUCCAAGGUUGUUACAUUUACUGGUCAAUAACCUGGGCCUCUCUUUAAGUUAUCUUUUUGUUGCAUCUUUCCAGCAUAUUAACAGUUGAGUGUAACUGGUUCGUACCUGUUCAUGCAUGAGACAGACUGAAAUCUGGGUAUGAGAUAACGCCCCUUGUUUUUCCUAACAAUGCGCAGUCUCACGGCCUUUGUUACGUCGAUGUCACAUGAAAAUGUAUGCCGCAAAAAGUUGGUCAUCCAUCAGACCCCUGAAUAGUGAAUUAUCACCCACAAAGCAUAAAUGAUUGCGCUUGCUGAAAUGUAGUUUCAUAAGUUUGUACAAGUAGGCUUUUUUAUGUAUGUAAUUCUAGAGUAUUGCAUUACAUUUUUGCCUCAAAAUGUUACAUCCAUUUGUGGUCUGUGGUCUUGGUGUUUCAAGCAGUCUGAUUAGUUCGCUAUCUUAAUCAGGGGCACCAGACGAGAAUAUAGUUCAAAACCACUUAAACAUAGCAUUGUUAAACGUAUUUUGGUAUUUAAACAGUAGCUAUAGGCAUAUUUUUAUCCCCUAAAAAUUUUUCAUCUGUUCGGAUUUCCUAGCUGAAAGCCAGGUGAUCCGAAAAUUAUAGGGAUCAAAACUUACCUUUUCGAAAAUUUCAGCCAGAAAAAAGGCUCCCGAAAAUUUUAGGUGACCUUUUUAGGGUAAAAAUCGGUUAAAAAUGAGCAAUUAUACCUUUUUUAGAUGUACGCAAAUCCUAGGAGAGGCAGGCAAGCAAGAAAUUUUAAAACAAAUGUUUCGAAAAUUCUAGAUCUCAAAUCGUCUUUCGAACAGAUAUUUUCCGAAAAUUGACGUUGGGUGCCCCUGCUUAAUAUUCAGCUCUUAGCGAUAUUGCGUGAGCUAGAUGUUUUGCCAAUUUUUUGAGUAAGAACUAGUCAACAGAAUCCUAUGGUUGAUGUUUUUGAAGGUAAGAAAAGAUUUCAAACUAUUUUAACUGCGUUUUCCGAUUUACUUUUAUAGCAGAAUGUUUUCGUUUUCAACAACAGUUUACUCGAGUAGAGGAUGCCAUUUUGUUAACUCAGCAUUUCCUUACAAGGGGAAUUCAGUUGCCUAGAAAUCAAAGUUAAUUUAUGAUGAAAGAAGAUGAAAACAAAUGUUUGCGAAAAUUCUUCAUUUCAAAUAACCAAGGCAGAGAAAAGACGCCUUGCCUCCCUCAACCGCUAGCCGCCAUUUAAUGCACUUGCGAAGAGCAGAACAGGAAAGCUUUUAAUUAAAGGGGUUGUGUCACCGCAGUCCAGUUUCUUUUGUUUAAUUUUGCGAAUUACUCGCCUUCAAUCGCUAUAGAACUUAAAAUAUGCAAUUAAUUACACGUAAAUGACAAAAUCAGAGAUCCGAGACAAACAAAUAUGUCUCCUGAGCAUUGUUUUUGAAGUUGCAAGCAGCAGGGACCAACUUUGAAAAACUGUUAGGCUGAACAGUUUUCAAAAAUCCUAAUUUCAAUCCGAUUCAAUCUUCUUCAGUUUUGCCCAUCCGUGGCAUCUGUUGUUUCUGUUAUGUUAUAUUAACCUUCCUUUAAAGUUUUAAGUGGUUAUUUUUAUGUUUCUCUUAAUUUAACAGGCAUUUUGUAAUUUCCUAAUUUGGCUGAAUUUCGUGACACAGCUCCUUUAACUUGGCGUGUUGACAGAAUUUCAAAGAAUAAUUGUUGUUGAUAUUUUUUUUGCUUUGUAUCAGGUAUAGUAGGUGGAGAGCACUACACUCACCCUGGUGGUGGAGCGAACUACCUCUGCCUUCCACACAAUCCAAAGUAUGACGAGUACAAAGAUGGCCAUCAGAGCUCCGGAUACAUGUACGGCACUGAGUAUGAAGUAAAUGAUCGCGACGGAAAACAGAGAAAUCUUCACGAUCAUGAAGCACCAUGCGUUGUCUGCUUCGCCAAAUCACGUGGCUCGAUGCUGAUGAUGCCUGCCAGGAAUGACUGUCCUUCUGGAUGGACCGAGGAGUAUCAUGGGUACCUGAUGACUGCAUAUUAUAACCACAAGCAUUCAACCGAUUUCAUCUGUGUUGACGGGGAUUCAGAGUUUGUUCCUGGUACCCAUGCAAACAAGAAUGGUGCUUUGCUGUACCCUGUGGAAGGUGUUUGUGGCUCACUCCCAUGUCUUCCUUAUGUCAACGGGCGAGAGUUGACAUGCGCUGUGUGCACCAAAUGACGGGAAGAUACCUGUCACUGUGGCAUGGCUACCAUAGCGAUGAGCGACGAAAACCAAAACCUAAUGGUUAAAUCAGUAUAUAUACUUUUAACUAGACUUUAAACACACUGCGUUAUCUGUUCUGCCGGCACUAUAAGGCGCCAGAAAAGUUCGCUGUAGAUUAAUACGGGAUGUAAGCAAUAACAAUUAAAAUAACGUG